CGCCAAACCUCCUGGUCAGUGACGCGAGGGCUGCCAGUCUCAGCGUUGUGGUUCGGAGUCAGAAUCCCUGAGGACGGGAAAGCCCGGGCUGGGGGCGGCAGGGAGUCGCCUUGAAAACCUCGGGGAGACUGUGGAACUGAUCAUUUUUCUGCUGCUCACCUUUCAAGAUGAAGGAGGAUCAAGUUGUGCUGGAAGACCCAGGAUUCCAAGAUGAAGAGGAAUCUUUGUUUCAAGACAUUGACCUAUUACAAAAACAUGGAAUUAAUGUGGCUGACAUUAAGAAACUGAAGUCAGUAGGAAUCUGCACCAUCAAAGGGAUACAAAUGACAACGAGAAGGGCACUAUGCAAUGUCAAAGGGCUCUCAGAAGCAAAAGUGGACAAGAUUAAAGAGGCAGCCAACAAACUUAUUGAACCAGGAUUCUUGACUGCCUUUGAGUACAGUGAGAAGAGAAAGAUGGUUUUCCAUAUCACCACUGGGAGCCAGGAAUUUGAUAAGUUGCUAGGAGGUGGAAUUGAAAGCAUGGCAAUCACAGAAGCUUUUGGAGAAUUUCGUACUGGAAAAACCCAGCUCUCUCAUACCCUCUGUGUGACAGCUCAACUUCCAGGAGCAGGUGGCUAUUCAGGAGGAAAGAUUAUCUUCAUUGAUACAGAAAAUACUUUCCGUCCAGAUCGCCUUCGGGACAUUGCUGACCGCUUCAACGUAGACCACAAUGCAGUACUGGACAAUGUCCUUUAUGCACGUGCAUAUACUAGUGAACAUCAGAUGGAGCUACUUGAUUACGUAGCAGCAAAGUUCCACGAAGAAGCUGGCAUCUUCAAGCUAUUGAUCAUUGAUUCAAUAAUGGCACUUUUUCGAGUGGAUUUCAGUGGUCGCGGGGAGUUGGCUGAACGGCAGCAAAAAUUGGCCCAGAUGUUGUCACGACUCCAAAAAAUCUCCGAAGAAUAUAACGUGGCUGUGUUUGUGACCAAUCAAAUGACUGCUGAUCCAGGAGCAACUAUGACUUUUCAGGCAGACCCCAAAAAACCCAUCGGGGGGCACAUUCUGGCUCAUGCUUCAACAACAAGAAUAAGCUUGAGAAAAGGAAGAGGAGAACUGAGAAUUGCCAAGAUUUAUGACAGCCCCGAGAUGCCUGAAAAUGAAGCCACCUUCGCAAUAACUGCUGGAGGAAUUGGGGAUGCCAAGGAGUAGGUGGCGAAUUGAUGCAAAUUGCUUCUUAGUGCUUAUUAGGAGCUGAAGAAAUGGAAAAGCAGUCUCAAAUUUCAGACCUUAAAGUAAGAGUUUGUUUUUUUCACAUGUUAUUAGAGGAAAGUCAACAAAAGAAAUUUAAAUCUUGUAUUUAUCCUAAAAGUCCCUGAUGUAUAAUCAUUAUACGUUGUAUGUCAAUUCAGGAAUAUAUAUAUAUUCAUGCAUGUGUAUAUAUAAAUAAAGCUAUUGAAAACUAGUUGGGAAGGGGUACCUGAUCCCAUCACUUUAGCUGUCCAAAAUCAGCCACUAAACAGAAAGAAAAUCUAAGAGCUCAGAAAUGCCCCAUUCUCCUACCAUUUGCCCUUGAACACUUACAGAGGUGGACACACUUCCAAAGGAGGGAGCCAUUUAAGGAAGGAAUAUUUACAGGACACACAAAAAAGCUUUUUUUAUUUACAACAUCAAACUAUACACUCACCUUACAGCAAUGGAAAAGUAAUAUUAAAUUAAACUAAAUAUUAAACGAUUUGACUUUUUGACAAGUUGAAGUUACCUUUAAAAAAUGUGUUUCUGAUACAAACAUAUUUUAUGGGGUGAUAAAGAGGAAGGUAACUAGGAACUUUACAGUUUGGGGUAAUCAAUAUAGCAUGAGUUUUAUAUUUUAAGCGUGGGAUUGAGAAUAGCUAAUAUUU